GUAGGGCUUACGGUGGCUCCAUUCGCAGCGGCUUACAGGGUGUCCUACGAGAUGUCAGGGUGUCCUACGAGAUGUCAGGGGAGUGGGUGUUCGGCGGCGCUGUGUGCGGGUUCUGGGUGACAACUACUAUCCUCUGCGGCUGCGCGUCCGUCCUCAACCUCUGCGUGGUAAGCUGGGACCGCUACGUCACAGUGACGUCACCACUGAAUUACACACGGCGCAUGUACACUAACGUUGCCAAGGCGAUCAUCCCGAUAGUCUGGGUGACGUCAUCGGUAAUUGCAAUACCGCUGGGCAGAGUCGUAGAGAGUUCGCGGGCUCAUAAGAUGUGCAACUACGAGGGGUUGACCUUGGGUUACGCGGUGACCGCGUUUGUGUUGCUAUAUGGGUUCCCUGUGCUGUUCCUCUUCUUCGUCAAUGGUUCCAUCAUACGCACAGCGCGCUCACAUCUCAAACAAAUCCACGACCAAGAAAUGGCUGCCUCGCGGAUCACCAUAGCAACUGAGUGUAUGACGACACAGGUUCCUAAACAACGCCCGACACGAUUUUCCCGCGAGAUGCGGAUAUUCAAAGCAUGCUUGAUUGUGAUUGCUGCGUUUCUGUGUUGUUGGACUGGCUUCUUCGUUGUGCUAUUGAUUACCCCUUUGUCGUCCCCGCCCGCGCACUAUGUAGGCUUUUCCACGCUUAUGCUCACAUACGGCAACAGUGCUUGUAACCCGUACCUCUACGGCCUACUGAACGGGGAGUUCAAGAGGGCAGUAAGACGAAGUCUCCCCAGCUUUAAAUCGAGAAUUCGACCUUUCCAGGUUCCCCGUAACAGCGUGUCGUUCGUCAGCAGAAGAGCAAGUGUUCUCUCUCCCAGUCCGAAACACUCUGAUUACUCCGGCCGCCCUACCUCAGGACAAGUGGGGCUACCAUACAGCGGUAACACCUUAGCGCCUUACCACGACAUGUGACUUGUUAACACGAGAUCUAACGCAUCAAUGUAUGAGUUCUGCCGAGUAGUAGUCACAAAAUUUUCGAAUCGCGCUCUUGAUUGGCCAAGCUGCUGUAGUCGGUAAGUUAUAGACCACACUGGAAGCGCGGGUAUCAGAAAAAAACAAUAUAAUAGCCUUCUUCAAGCGGUGACUUAUUGUUGACAUUCUAUGCUAGCUGCGCACGAAAGCAAAAUGUCGCCUGCGAGUACUCGACGCCAAGAGACCAUCAUGGUCUCUGGUCGAUAAAAAAAACCUUUGGUGAAAUAGGGACUUUUGAAAGCAUAAACUGAUUUUUACUUAUGACGACAGACGUCUCAGGCUUAGUACCGCGACACCACACAUCUCUGCGACUAUUCGCCAUUUUUAGGUGGCGCGGGGAUCGGGUCGAGUUAGUAAGCGAAUUAAAUGCCGGGACGAUUUUAAGGGCACGCGAUUCAAUUUGGAAGCACAACAUUCGUGAGAUUCUGCUUAUAUAUUUAAAUACCUUUCACAACUCUCAAACACUAAAUAUUUUCAAGCCUAUUGUAAAUAUUCAAUCGUUUUUACAAAGAUAUUUUCUAGAUUAAAGAUUUACAUAAAUAUUUAUAUAACAGU